GUAAUUUUGUAGUCUGCAGUGAGGGCUAGUCUGAGCACACCACUUCCUGAGCAACUGCUUUGUUGUCGGAGUCCUGUAUAUUUCAAGCUCUUAUUAACUGGGUGUUUUCCAAUAUUAGCUGUUUGAAUGCUGAAUGUGACGUCACCCUCGCUGCUUCUCAUUGGCUGAUCGCGCGAGUCGACAAACAACAGAGAGGAUACACCUGGCAUGCACACGCGGUGGCCAUUCUGUUGAGAGCCCUUUAUAACUCUACUACAUUUCUAACCGUUUCUGGAGACGAAUUCAGCAUUUAACCUUUAAUUUAGAGUGGAAAUAGCACUUUAGAGAUGAACGGAGACUGUGUGGACGCAAGACGGGAGGAUACACCAGAGUAAGAUGAUCUUGACAACUGCUGUUAUGCAGCUUUCAGUGCUGGGAAGGAUGGAGCAUCAGAACAGCAGUCCAUCAUGCAGGUUGAUGCAAAAGGUCACUUGCAUGCCUUCAGAUACAGCCUGGACUACCCCAACAUCGGCCACUGCGUCAUCAUCAACAACAAGAACUUUGAUCGCAAGACGGGCAUGAACCAACGCAAUGGCACAGACGUAGAUGCAGGAAAUGUAAUGAGCAUGUUUCGAAAGCUCGGAUACAAUGUAAAAGUCUACAAUGACCAGACAGCUCAGCAGCUUGUUCAGGUUUUAACCACAGUUGCAAGGGAUGACCACAGCCGUUGUGCUUCAUUUGUGUGUGUGAUGCUGAGUCACGGAGAUGAGGGUGUGUUUUUCGGCACUGAUGGUGCUGUUGAGUUUAAGUCCUUAACAAGCCUUUUCAGAGGAGACCGCUGCCCAUCACUAGUGGGAAAGCCUAAACUUUUCUUUAUACAGGCUUGUAGAGGCACAGAACUGGAUCCUGGUGUGGUGCCAGACAGUGCAGAUGGGUCUAUGAGGAUUCCAGUGGAGGCAGACUUCCUCUAUGCCUACUCUACAGCACCAGGGUACUACUCCUGGAGAAAUACAAUGACCGGCUCAUGGUUCAUUCAGUCUCUCUUUGAAAUGAUGACAAAGUAUGGCAAAGAACUAGAGCUGAUGCAGAUCAUGACCAGGGUCAACCAUAAGGUAGCACUUGAGUAUGAGUCAACUUCCAACAUGCCUGGCUUUGAUGCCAAGAAACAAAUCCCCUGCAUUGUCUCAAUGCUCACCAAAGAGAUGUAUUUCACUCGUUGAGCGGGAUUAUGUUUUGAGAGAUUUAAGGGAACAUUUAGGGCUUUUCCCAGGCUGUGUAUACAAUAUCACAGGUGUAGGUUUAAAGGGAUAAUUCACCUACAAAUUAAAAUUCUAAAUGUAUUCACCCUCUUGUUGUCAUGUCAUAACUAGAAUUCAGAAAGGAAGGGUUUGGAACAAAAUGAGGUUGAGCAAAUGAUGACAGAAUUUUCAUUUCUGGGCGAACUAUCCCUUUAAAAGGAUAAGGUUAUAGACCCUUUUCACAAGAAAAAGUAAACCACAUAUUUUCUAGAAGCAUGGACUAGAUAUGCUCAAUUUGGGACUUCAGCUUUCUCAGGACCGUUGUUGUAGAUGUACUUUUGUAGAUGUUUUAGAUGUACCACCAUUGUUUUUCUUAACAUUUAUAAUUGGCAUUUUAAUGUUUUGUAUAUGAAAUGAAGGUGCUCGGGUAUUUCUUGUGACCGUAUAACAUUUCAAAUGUCCCUUGCCUCUGGUUUUCUAAUGAAAACUUUUGAAAAAGCAAUCAUCAGGGACAAGUUAUGUUGGGAUUUAUAGAAUAAAAGUAAUCUGGUACUUUGAUAAACUUUCUGGUAAUGAUGCUGCACUAGUUGGAGUGUUAAGACGACAGAUGGCAUUAAUCAGUUAAGGCAGCAGAUUGAUUUUGGGAAACCAUUGUGCCUAAUUUAAUCUGAAAAACAAUCAGAACCAUUCCCAGGUGCCUCUCACUGAGCCAUGUUAACAAUCUUUGAUAAAAUGUUGAUAAAACAUCACAUACAGCUCUCUGCUUAAACAUAGCAUGCAUUAUUUAAAGGAAUAUUUCUGGUUUAAUACCAGUUUUGGGCAGCAUCUGUGACAUGCUGUCAAUUACCAUGCACAUACUUAUCAGCAUUUACCAUGGAAGUCUAUUAGGCAAUCGUACAUUUGUACAUGCCUGUAAGGAAAACAUUUCAAUGCGUUUGUUUGAUUUUACAACCUCUUGGGACAGAAUGUCACAGAUGCUAUCGAUAUAUCCUAAUGUGAAUAUAACCUGGAAUAUACAGUACCUUUGUCAGUCCCUAAAAAAUUCUGUGAACAUUAGCAUCAGUCACAUAAUAGAACUAUCAUGUAGAAUUCUCUGUAUUAGGCAUGCGAGAUCUGUGUCUUACUGUGAUCUUUUACAAGUCACUGAACUCUUCCAUGUAAGAUUUUGUUUUUGUUCACAAAUCAUCAUAAUCUUUUUAUUAUUAAUGUAUAAAGAUUAUUCACGCUGUGCAUGCUUAUUUCAAAAUGUUUGUUAAAUAUUUGAAGACAAUGUAAAGAUGUAUGUAAUUAACAGAAUGCGUUAACUAAUUGUUCAUUACACAUUUACACAAGAGUUGUGUUAGCGUUUUAUUACAUUUUCAAAUAUAUUACAUGAACAGCUAUAGAAAUUGAAAUGGGUUUUAUAGCACUGAUUGUGGAAUUAUAAGAAGUGCAAAAUACUGUUUGUACAACAGACAUUUCCAUUAAGAGGAUCAACCGGCAUCCCAGUUGAGGUGGAACACAACAUAGUUGAGAAACUCUACCGUAACAUGCAACAAUCUUUCAUGAUUAGUCAGGUUACUAAGAGUGUGUUAUUUUGCUCCCAGCCUUUAAAGAGCUGAUCAAACAAGACACUGACAACUAGUGAAACCAGUUUCUUAAAUAACAUUAAGGUAUUUGUAUUAAGUUACUCAGGCAUGUCAUUAGCCUAAACAUUUUGAGAGUAUGACAAUGCAAAUGAGAUGGAAAGAAAGCUGUUUCUCAUCCUUUAAUACAAGCAUAAUCUUUUGUGUUUCACUCUCUUUCAAGUAUACUAAAAUCAUUAAACUUGCUCUCUAUAUAGCCAUUCAGAGACGUAAAGAAAUAGUUCACCCAAAAAUGACAAUUCUUUCAUCAAUUAUACCCCCACAUGCUUUUCCAAACCCAUAUGACUUUCUUCAGUAGAACACAAAAAGGUGGAUUUUUGCAAAAUGACAAAAAAAAAGCACCAAUAAAAGUGGCCCAUAUGACCCAUGCACUACUGUAUAAUCCAAGUCUUCUGAAGUCAUGCAAUGUUUUAAAUUAAUUACAUUUUCAGCUGGCUUCAGAAGACGCAGAAUAUUAUUCAGUAGUCAUAUGCACUAUAAUCCCAUGUAACUGGGAAUGUUUUUAAUAAAAUGUUAAUGGAACAUCCUUGUAACGUUAUUAACCUUAAAUAACUUUCUACUAACGUUAAGAAAACAUUGUCAUGUUCCCACAACAACAAUGUAAUGUUUGGAAAAUGUUUUAAGAACAUACAUUUGCUGGCUGGGAUCAUACUGUUAUGAUGCUUUUUUGCCAUUUUGGGACUUUACAGCCCCAGUCCUCAUUCAAUUUAAUUUGGGAAUUCUUUGUGCAUGCCACAAAAUAAAGUCAUACAGUUUUGAAAUAACAUUAUAAAGACACCUUUGAGUCAACCAUAUUCUAUUCUCAACUGGGACCUGCAUUCACUUACUGAAUACGACAAGUACAAGAAAAGGUACAUAAACCCCCACAGUUAAAAUACAAUGUUAUAAUUGUGUUUCAUUUUAAAACACUUGCAUGCUACAAAUAAAAAUGUAGACAAUAUUAAUUGAUAUUAAUGAGAACUUAAACAUUUUAAAAUAUAAAUAGAUAGAUAACCUAUCUGAAAGCAUUACUCUUUAGAAGAGAGGCACUGUUGAGAUAUACUGAGAUAUAAAAGUGCUAUCAGUGGAAUUUUAGGAUCAACAAGUACUAUCUCGUGACUAUCAUCAGUUCAAUAGGAAGUAAUUUAUUAGUUGUUUUUACCCAGCUGUUGUCAGUACAAUCAGUUAUGGAACUAUGAUGCAGUGGAGCAAGUUUAUCAAGACUUGUGACUCACAAUCAAAAUCAUACAUUUAUAGAAAAUAUUGUUACCUAGGUAUCAUUUAUUUUGAACUGAGGUGUGUUCUAGGUACAGUAUGUAUGUUAGAGGCAUUCACUGGUCUAAGGCAUUGGGUUGGUUCACUUUUUACAUGGCUUGCCUUACUGUCAUAAGAGAUAAAUAGAAGGCCACAUUAAAUGUUUAGGAUGUGCUUCCCUGGAGGGAUUGUGAUUGAGAAAUGACUGUAGUACCCACAAGUGGUGAAAAUCAUAUUUGCACUUUAGAACUUCAAUUGGGCUUCAUUUUUGUGUGUAAUAGUCUCUUGCAUUAGGACAACCCAAGAACACAAGAAUAGCUGCAGUGUUUUUUCUUUUCCCCUCCUUCACCAUGUCUUCAUUGCAAGUGAGUGGUACAACAAAGCAACAAAACAAAGCCAUUAAUAAUACACAAAGCUGUCUACACUGCAAGUGUGUGAGUUUUGGAUUGUUCUAGUUUUGUUGUAUCACAUCUCUCACACUUGGUGUACACUCUCUCUCUCGUUGUUCGCAUUUUGAUUUUGGCGUAGAGCUGGUUGAUUUGCUCUCUGAAGUGGCCCCUCAGCUCUGCUCUCUUUGCUUUGUGUUGCCGUAAGGAGUGCGUUCUGAACAGAGAACAUCUCCAUUUGUAGAACAAUGUCUCUUACUUAAACACAGAGAUUACAUUGGAGAAUAAACAAUUAUUACAUUACAAUUAUUACAUUAGUACAUUUAUUUUGUCACCUGGAACAAAAUAUCAAUAAAUAAAACUACAAAUAAACAUAGAUAGAAAGAAAGAAAUUGCAUCUGAACAACUGAUUUCAAGCUCAAAUUUGUUCGUAGAAAUGUCAAAUGUGCGUACCUGUUAGUUUCAUACAUACAUAAAAAAAAAAAAAAAACAUUCAUAUUAUUUUCUAAAAAAUAAAUGAUUACAUUUAAUGGCUAAUUAAAGUGGUGUAACCAUUAAGUAAAAUACUUUCCUUCCUUUUUCAAGGUUAAAUUUUUUUUUUUGGUACAAAUAUGAACUUUUGAGUCACAAAUAUCAAGAUAUUUUCGAAGGGAUACUCCAUCUAAACUGAAUAAAAUGUGCCUUUACAUAAAAAUGUCAAUAUAUACACACACAUAUAUAUAUAUAUUAUUAUUUUUUUUUUUUUUUUUUAUUGUCACUUGACAACAAAACUGUAUGUUGGUUACACCACUUGACUUUGAUUUGGUGGACAUAAGAUUUCUUUUAAAUAUUAAUAAUAAAACAAGCAAGUUUCACAAUUUAUUUUAUUGUUAGCUACAAAAAAAAAAAAAGACAAUUCCAAACUACUUAUGCCAACUUUUACAUGUAGCUGAAAUUUUCCAAGAAUUUCAGCUUUUAUUGAGACUGUUUAUUUAUUUUUUAUUUUACUGUCUCCAAUUACACCACUAUUUUAACUUGAACCCCCAGAAUAAAUACCAAAAUAAACUCAGAAAUUGAAAACAUGUUCAUUAUAGUAGAGGUGUAUUUAAUGAAUAGAUUUGUGUGAAUUGCAUUUUCUAAUACCUUAAUCGAACCAGACAAAAACAAAAUGUGUGUGACGUAAUACGUUGACCCAUAUAGGAAUAUUUUCAGAAGUGACAAAGUUUAGGAAGUGUGUUUGUUAUAUUCACCUGUUCAAAAGACUUCAGUCUGGCUUCUUUCCCUAGCUGAAUAUUGUCCUCUAGAAUGGCAUUUUUCAAUUCCUGUUUUAACACACCAAAACAGGGAUUCAUUUCUUCAGGGAUGAUUUUCCAUCUCACAUUGCAACCCAUUUAAAAUCUCAAGGCCUCUUUGUUUUACAUUUAUAUGAAAUUCCCUAUAGUACAUAAGUUGUAUGCAUAGAUGUAAUGUACUGAUAUUAAAAUAACUAUUUAUUUUCAUUUAUUUUGCAAUGAAACAAAAUGUCAAUAAAAUAAACAGUUUUUA